GUUGAAAAAGGCAGAAAAAUGCAUAAAGGAGAAAUCUAAGUUGUGAAGAGGGGGGAAUGGUCUGAAUUAACCAGAAGGGAAAAUACAGUUCAGCCAAAAAAAAGGCACAGGAGCAUUAGGCAGAUUGGGCAGGUGGCUAGGAGUUUAGUGAGCUCUAUACAGAUUCCUGCCUGUAGGACCAUACACAGUCACUAUGCACACACCAACCGACCGUCAAAAAUUACAGAAAGAUGGACUGUCGCUGCCGCCCCACAAUGCUCUUGCUGAUAUCCUACCCAACCCAUGGAGCCAUUCAAUGCAAGGACAGCAAAAGCAUAUGGAUCACAGUGGGCCUCUGAACAAGCCACAUGCAAACCACCAACAACAAAAGCAAAGCAAUGAAAUGGAACUCCCCCCAGACCCAGUGGCAGCACAUCAAGAACAGGAACUAUCGAAUUACCGUUUGGCUAUGCAGCGUAUGGCAGAUGACAUCAUUGCUCUGCGCCGUCAAAUGAGUGGGCUGGAGGCAGAAAAUAGUAAUCUUCGAAGUGAGCUAAGCCUGCACCAAGAUAUUGGGCGCAACCUGCUGAGUGACACAGAUAUCGAUGUUAUGACCAAAGCAGAAAUUGCUGAUAGAAUGGUAACUCUCAAGCACAAGCUGGCUAGUGAGACAUCAGACCUUCGGGUAAUGAGGGACAGAGUGCAACAAUUGCAGAAUGAGCUGGUCAGAAAGAAUGAUCGUGAGAAAGAACUAGUUCUCCUGCAGAGGGCGCACCAGCAGCAGCAAGCUGUGUUGAACCAGUACCAUCAGCGUCUAGCUCGAUCCAAGGCACUACAGGACACAAUGCGCAAGCAGGAGAAGGUGAUUGAGAAAAUGGAGAAGCUGCUGGAUCGUAAACUUAAAGAUGGGAAAAGGAACAGAGCGGAUGGGGAAGAAAGAGGGGGGCGGCAGGAUACUUUGCAAGCGGAUGUGCAUGCAGCAUUACUGGCUGAGAACUCACGUCUGAGAGAGGAGCUUGACAGAACGCGGGUUCCAAUGAUAACACAACAACCACGUAUCCUGGAUACAUUCUCUGACAGUGAGAAGUUUUCCCUUCUGAGCAAGCUGGAGAAGUCUCAGGCGAGGGUACAGAGCCUGGAACGUGAGCUAGAGGAAUCUGCUCGUCGCUGGGGUCGUGAAAAGCAGCAAUUCAAGACACAACUUUCUGAACAGGAGAUGGGGUUCAGCCGUACAAACACGACCAUAUUGCACCACAUACCCAUAAAGGAGCCAGAUCCACCUAUCAGAAGACAUGCCAAGUUGGAUCCCUUAAUAUGAUUUAACUGACCUUGGAACCAAUAUAGCAUAUUUUUUUCUGUGUUUUUUAAUGUAGAAUACAGAGUUAAUGAAGAUUCAGCAGGAAGGGUAAUUUAGCUAUAGAAUAUCCAGAUGCAGAGCACAGCCAUGUCCAUUAAGUUUUAAUAUGAAAAUCAAUCUGUUCACAUCUGUUUGCUGUCAACAAGGGAUCCUGGCCAAAUGAUCAACUACAUCAAAUCUUGGAGGGAACCAAGCAAGGGUGAUAAAUAUUACAGCCUGCAUAAAAGACUGGAAAGUGUUCUACAUCAUGCAUAGUCAUAUCCAUAACAAGCCAGUGUUUGCGGAAAUCAUAAAAAGCCAAUAUACAGUACAAAUAUGUAAAUUAUAGAUCUAUUUUUAAAAAUAAGAAUGAAGAUGUAAUGCAGAAUUUGUAUAUUAAUAGAUGAAAAUAAAUUUCAUAGUAAAUCUUCUGACUGUAAAGUAAUUGAUGUCAGUAAAAAAAAAAUACAUUUUCAUUAGCAGACACAAUUACUAAACCCAAGCGGUUGACUGACCAAAAAAUGUAACCUGUAUUAGUCAUAACCGAUACGUUUGGUAGGAGAGAAGGAGUGGGAUAUAGGUAUAACAGUUGGUGGUAGUCUAAACACAAUCAUUUGAGUGGGCGCAGUGUAAGGUGAAUGGGUUUUGAUGGAAAAAGGAUGAGGUUAAACGUUGUUCCUACAUCGACCAUUCGGUUUAUCUCUAUCUUAAAGUUCUCCAGAAUCUGCAAAGAAAAAAGUAAAAUCAUUUAUUUACAUGGGAAUAAAACAAAUCGUAUCAUGCCAGCUGGGCGUUUUCAUCUACAUUCCUCUCCGAAGGAACUUUCAGCCUGCACCAGACGGCACCAGAAUUAAUUAUAACAAAAGAUACAAUAUCCUCUAUUUAUAAAUAUGGCAAAGAUUCACAAAGAAAUCCUUUACAGAAUGAUGUCAUAGCCAACUUUUCAUACUGGAAUCAAAAAUGUUUUCUUGCAAUACAGUGAAAUCAUAGCAGACUAGUCAGGUUGCCACCAGGUCAGUAAAAAUGAUACUUGAUGCCAAUGUUAUCAAUAGGGAAGAAAGAUUAUAAAUGAGAAUUUAAUCAGAAAAGGUGACAACCCUACAGACUAAUAACAUUUUGAUACUAAAAAAUAUCUUGUCUGGGAGGGAGUUUGCCUUGUAAAUCAAAUUAUUAUUUGACCCUCUCCCUUCUAUUCUCUUAUGCAAGGGCACAUUCACUUACCAAAGUGCAGUGAGCAAAGUACAAUUUGGAUCACAGUCACCAUGUUUUCCCCCAGAACUUUGGUAUCAUUGCAAAUGCAAAUGAGUGAUUUUCUUGAUAAAGUUGUGCCAAAACGGGUGCAAAUAUCUGCUCCAUCGCAAAUCGGGUGCAAUUGUGCAAAAUAUUUUCAAAGUCUGUCUGGUGUCAUUUCUGGUGUUUGGCAUGGAAGAGACAUGUGCAGGGUCAGACUGGGCCGCCAGGACACCGGUAAAAAUCCCGGUGGGCCCCGGUGGGCCCCGGCGGCCCAGACCUGACCCUUGCCGGCGCUCCCUCUGCCCGACUGUUCCUCCCCUGAUGCGGGUCGUCAGGUGGAGGACCCUGAGGGUGGGUUAGGGGGACCCCUGCAGGGUGGGGGGGUUAGGGGACGCAGAUGGCGGGGGUACCUGCAGGGCCCCUGGGGCGGGAGCCCCGAUGGGCCCUGCACCCCCCAGUCCGACUCUGGACAUGUGAGCCCUAUUCUUUUGGCACAAGGGUGAUGUGCCCAUUGCCACAGGGCACUGAGGAAACCCUGGAGUUUCCACCUGGUCUAGAGGUUGUGGUAGCUCCAGGAUUCCCCUAUAUCAGUAGGUGCAAUAGCACCUGGUUUGGAACAGAAGGCAAAAAGGACUGAGUGGCACCAAGCACAACUAUAUGGUAGUACAAGAAGAGCAGGCCAUCAUUAUGUACGAAGCUACUAUUCAUAAAAGGCCCUUUUGCAGGUACCAUUUUCCUUACAAACAAAGUGGCACAUUUGCAGACUAUCUAAGCAUGUGAUAAGGUAACAUGUCCGGGUAAAGGGGAAAUAGUGAAUAUGAAUCAGAAUACUUUGAUGAAUCAAAACAUACGUGUAUGAGGAAGAGUUGCAUCUCAAUCUCUGCAAUCCUGCGCCCUAUACAUUGCCGUGGUCCAAAGCCAAAUCCCAAACCUCUAAAAUGUGUAGGUCCACCUCCCAACCAACGUUCAGGUGAGAAUCUCUGAGGCAAGGCGAAUAUGUCUGGGUUUCGACCCAUUGCAUACAGUCCAACUUGGACUAGUGUCUGUAUAUGGAAUAGAAGUGAGACAACAUUAGAGAGUACAAGAAGUAGGGAGCACUUUAAUUUUGUGCAUAUUGUUUUAUGUGUUUGUGCUUUUUGCUGAAAUUGUCUCUCACCCCUUGUGGUAUUAUGUAAUUCCGGAUAACUGUGUCUCUUUGGGUAUAUCUUUGUAGCGUUAUAGCGACUGGGUGCAACCUGAAACAGAAAAAAACAUUAAACUAAGGUGCUGCCCUGGUCUCAAACAGAAAAUACUGGAUACAGGAAAUAGCAACCAAAUGCAAAAGAAACACUUUUCCUCUGCACUCAGCACCCACCUGCCUUCUCUAACCAGGCAGGAGAUGGCAACUUCUAGUAUAUGUGCCCCAGAUUCAUUGUUUGAAGUCUCUGCUUAGAAUUAGGAAUACUGUACUGAAUACAUAAAUACAUACAUACAUUUGCUCAUACCCUUGGUUACCUGAGUGUUUCCUUUAAGGCUGCUUUCACCAAUGGGAUUCUUUUCAGGAGGGCAGUAAGAUCCUUUCCAGAGGCAUCUCGUGCUGCAAUGACCUCUGACCGCAGCUUUUCUUGCACACUUGGGGUACGGGCCAAUUCAUACAUGGCCCACUGAAGAGUCAUAGAUGUCUGUUGUGUAAAGGAUAAACACUUUACUAUAGCACAUAAUCAUACAUAGCCACUCUGAAGGGCUACCUAAAAACUAGAGGGAAAUGACAAUAAUCCAAAUGACAAUAUUUCCUUAAUACUCUAUAUACUAUAAAUUUUUUAUCCAAUCUUCCUUGAAAGGUCAGACUGAUAUUCAUGCAGUCAGUAUAAUUAUAUAACUAUUUCACUUAUUGCCCGUUUCUUCUCUUUGUGGUCCUGUCUCAUUCUACUUUGUAAAGGAUGGUUGUAGAGGGUACUGGAGUGGUAAAUAAUGUUUUUUUAUUUUGCUAUAAUCUAGCCCCAUCAACUUCAUUCAAUGCAUGCUCUCACAUAAACAUCUGAUAAAAAGACAAUAAUUCUCUCUUAGACACCAUACUAACCCACAGUUUCCUUCUUUGCCUAAUGGAUCUAUUUUAGAAAUAUAUGUUUAGAUAGCAGCAAUAUGAAGUAAUAAGUCUCUGACAAUAGCAAUAAAACAUUGUGGGGUACUUAC